AUCCGCGCCUACCUUGUGAUGUAUGACCUUCGUCAAAUGACAGUCACUCUUUGUCAGCCGUCACUGUUCCUGUAGCCUCAUCAACUGCCCUCCUUGCGCUCUCCUCUCGCCUUAUGCAUCUUGUUCUCACCUCGCAUCCUCAUUCUUGAACCGCCGAAGCGACCCCGUCGUGCCCUCGUGUUUCCGACCCCUCCCCGCGUCCACUUGCGCCCGUGCCCUCGUCGCGAUAUCGACAUCUGCGCCCGACCGGCGAGACCCCGACCAAGAUGGCCGCGCCUCUGCAGUUUGCGACCUUUACAUCCGAGAUAGAGCUGCCCUUCUACUCGGCGCUCUUUGGAUCCAAGCUCGACUACGACAAGCUCGACGACUCCGCCCGUGGUGUUCUCGGCCUCUAUGAACCUCGCAUAGAGACUCCCGAGGCUAGUUGUCGCAUGCAGAUUCUGGGAAACGCGUUGACGAGCAAUAAAACUAAUGAGCCCAGUCCACCUCUUGGGACUAUCAGGGCCGAAGGUAUUAUUAGAAAUGUGAACACGCUGGAAGAUUUCAAGAAUAUGGACAAGGCUGCCAUGAUAAAGACUGCAGGUCGUCAGAUCUGGGAUGCGAUCAAGGAUGGUAGCAUGUACUCCGUCCCUUCGCUGCUCUCAUCCUUUGUGAUCCUUUCGUAUGCCGACCUCAAGAAGUACAAGUUCACAUACUGGUUUGCCUUCCCAGCCCUCCACUCCGAUCCGGCGUGGAAACGAUCAGGUCCAGCCGAACGCUUCUCCCCCGACGAGAGCACCGCGCUUGUCGACAGAGUGGGAACAUGGAGAUAUGAGAAGGAUUCCCGCGAGCAUGGCUUCUUUCUUGCAAAGAAGGUACGGGGACAAGACCCAGAUAACAUUGAAGACGCCGAGGUUUCCCAAACCCUACCUUUCCGGUGGGAGGUUGGCUCGCUACGAGAAUUUGAAGAGGGAUUCUUCAACCAAAUCCCUGAGGAGGAUCAGUACGUCGCGUUCGUCGACCCUUCCACUUAUCCCGAGGGACCGGGGUGGCCCCUGCGGAAUUUCUUGGUACUCAUUCGACAACGGUUCCGCUUAACGAAGGUCAAGGUUCUGUGCUACCGAGAUACCUGGGCUCGGAGGCAUGAGGCAAGAAGCGUGGUCCUCCCUAUCCAAAUGGAUACAGUACAGGACAUGGACAUUGCCGAGAUGCCCAAGAUUACCGGGUGGGAAAGAUCGAGGAAUGGCAAGCUUCAGGCUCAGCAGGUAAAUCUGGGCGAAUAUAUGGAUCCCACCAAACUGGCCGACAGCUCGGUCGAUUUGAACUUGAAACUCAUGAAGUGGAGAAUCGCACCGAACCUGGAUUUGGACAAGAUCAAGAACACAAAGUGUCUGCUUCUAGGAGCUGGGACUCUGGGGAGUUACGUUUCGAGAAACUUGAUGGGAUGGGGUGUCCGGAAGAUUACAUUUGUCGACUAUGGCAGAGUUUCCUACUCGAACCCUGUCAGACAACCGCUGUUUGAGUUCAACGACUGUCUUGAUGGCGGUAAGCAAAAGGCACCCCGAGCUGCCGAGGCGCUCAAGCAGAUCUAUCCUGGAGUGGAAAGUGAGGGUCAUGCCUUGUCCGUUCCUAUGCUCGGCCACCCCUUCACGGACGAAUCCAAGACGCGUGCGGAUUAUGAGAAACUCGAGGCUCUCAUCAACGAGCAUGAUGCCAUUUUCUUGCUUAUGGAUUCGCGAGAGUCUCGCUGGCUCCCAACAGUAAUGGGGAAAGCUGGUGGCAAGAUUGUAAUGAACGCUGCACUGGGUUUCGACUCGUAUGUCGUCAUGCGCCACGGGAGUGAAAGUAAGGAAGAUGGGAAGAUGUCACUUGGCUGCUACUUUUGCAACGAUGUCGUUGCCCCCGCAGAUUCAAUGAAGGAUCAGACCCUUGAUCAACAAUGUACCGUCACUAGGCCAGGAGUUGCAGCCAUUGCCUCGGCGCUUCUGGUUGAGCUCUUGACGAGCUUGUUACAGCAUCCACUGGGCAAAGACGCACCCGCCCCGCAACCGACCUCGGGAGUGAUUCCCGAGAGAGAUCCCCCGGAUCACGCUCUGGGACUGGUCCCACAUCAGGUUCGAGGCUAUGUGUCGACAUUCCAGAACAUUGUCAUUCGAGGACAGUCUUACGACAGCUGCAGCGCGUGUAGCCCGAAGAUUAUCGAUGCCUUUCGGAAGAACGGUUGGGGCUUUGUCAAGCAAGCCUUGCAAGAGAAGGACUAUGUGUUGGAGCUAUCGGGCCUUGCUGAGGUGCAGAGAAGGGCAGAGGAGAUGGCGGGAGAGGUUGACUGGGAUGAAGAAGAUGAAUUAGCUGAAGAAGGGGAGGGAGAGCUGAUCUAACAAGACACGAGAGUUCCUGGAUAUGGGGUUGAGAGCUGGGUUGAUAGGUUUAGAGAUGUAAGGCUUUGCGGGUCUACUGGGAUUGGAUAGAUCCGGCGUUCGUGGGGUCGUUUACUAUACGUGUUUAUAUAUGGUGUUUGGAAGGACUUAUGCGGUUGUCUGUUAGAGUAUUGAUUGGAGUGGUGUUCUUGGGCCCAAUGCAAUGCUUAUUUCUCUGGGUUGUAUCUGGUCUCCGUAAUAAUGUCCCAUUUGCACUUAUAGACGUUG